AUGAUCACUGUUCUCAGUCUGGACUCCUUCCUAGAGCUCUUCGUCGGCCAGGGCGAGUGCCACGGUCUCCUCAGUUGCCACUUGACAAAAGAGAGUAAAAUAUCUGUCCAGGGACCACCAUAUCACAAAUUCACAAGUCUCCUUGUAGACACUGAGCUUGCUGGUGUUGAUGAGAGAACAGGAUUAUGUGAAAUCCUGACUGCUAGAAACUCUAAGUUGGCCUGCUGCUGUGGCUCCGCUGGCUGCUCCCUGUGCUGUGGCUGCUGCCCCAAGAUCCGACAGUCCCGGAGCACCCGCUUCCUGUACGCGCUCUACUUCAUUCUCGUCUCCGUCCUCUGCUGCAUCAUGAUGUCCCAGACCGUGGCCAACGAGAUGAAGGAGCGCAUUCCUUUUUUCGAAGACAUUUGUAAAGGCAUUAAAGCUGGGGACACCUGUGAGAAGCUGGUGGGGUACUCUGCAGUGUACAGAGUCUGUUUUGGAAUGGCCUGUUUCUUCUUUGUCUUCUGCCUCCUGACCUUCAACAUCAGCAACAGCAAAAGCUGCAGAGCCUACAUUCACAACGGCUUUUGGUUCUUCAAGCUUCUGCUGUUGGGGGCCAUGUGCUCGGGAGCUUUCUUCAUUCCAGACCAGGAGACCUUUCUGAAUGCCUGGCGCUACGUGGGAGCCAUCGGAGCCUUCUUCUUUAUAGGCAUCCAGCUCAUCCUGCUUGUGGAGUUUGCACAUAAAUGGAACAAGAACUGGACUGCGGGCACAGCUCACAACAAGCUGUGGUAUGCCUCUCUGGCCCUGGUGACCCUCAUCAUGUACUCCGUUGCCGCUGGGGGCUUGAUUCUGAUGGCAGUGUUUUAUACACAGAAAGACGGCUGCAUGGAAAACAAAAUUCUCCUGGGAGUAAACGGAGGCCUGUGUCUGCUUAUUUCAUUGGUAGCCAUCUCGCCCUGUGUCCAGAAUCGGCAGCCACACUCCGGGUUACUGCAGUCGGGUCUCAUCAGCUGCUAUGUCACAUAUCUCACUUUCUCAGCUCUGUCCAGCAAGCCUGUGGAAGUAGUCCUGGAUGAACGUGGGAAGAACGUGACGAUCUGUGUGCCUAACUUGGGCCAGGACCUGUACAGAGACGAAAACUUGGUUACUGGACUGGGCACCACGCUCUUGUUUGCGUGCAUCUUAUAUUCAUGUUUGACAUCCACAACAAGAUCGAGUUCGGAUGCUCUGCAGGGGCGCUAUGCAGCUCCUGAACUGGAAGUAGCUCGGUGUUGCUUUUGCUUCGGUCCCUAUGGAGAAGACCCUGAGGAGCAGCAGAACAUGAAAGAGGGCCCGGGCGUCAUUUACGACGAGAAGCGGAGCACCGUCUACAGCUAUUCCUACUUCCAUGGAGUGUUCUUUCUGGCUUCCCUCUACGUGAUGAUGACAGUCACCAACUGGUUCAACUAUGAAAGUGCCUACAUUGAAACCUUCUUCAGCGGGAGCUGGUCCAUCUUCUGGGUGAAGAUGGCCUCCUGCUGGAUGUGCGUGCUGCUGUACCUGUGGACACUGAUUGCACCCCUCUGCUGUCCUUCUCGCCAGUUCUAUGUGUGAGGACCUGAGCAGUCCCCUCGGUUCAGCAGGCCUGCAGCUGGAAGUGACGUCCUUUGAACAAGUGUCCCAGGGGUUUGAGCAGUGACUGGCGCUUUUUGAAAAGCUGGCAUCCCUUGACUGGCUUGAGUGUGUUUGAAGAGGCUUUCAGGGGAAAAAAAAAAAAAUCACCUGAUAAGCUUUUUCAUUCUGAAAUUCGAAAAGAAACUACCAGGUUAUCCCAAAAGAAUUGAAAUUUUCAACCAAGCUGAUCCUGAGUGGUACUAUAUUUUGUAUGUGUCUUACCCUGAACUGGGGUAGUGGUUAGGCUAGUGUUUUUCUUCUGCAUGUUUUUACCAAAACAGAAUUUGGAGUAUGCCAUCUCACAGGGAGAGAAAUUUACAUUGUGUGGCCUGCCUGUCGUGCUUAUCCUUGGAACAGAAAACAUGCUAAAAUCUUGAGCUCUGAUCCCCUGACAGAAUGCAGACCCCUGCCUACACCUCGACCUGCAGGACCCUGUGCACAGCCCCCUGGUAUUUAUAGGGCACAAGAGGAAGCACCUGCUUUUAACUCCACCUGUGCUGCCUCCUCCCCGCCCCCAGACGUUUCCCUUUGAAGGUGUGCUGCUGGGAAUCACACCUGCCAUGUCCUCGGUCACCUUCCCAGAGGUCCGCUGUCGUCCUUUCUGGGUUCAGCAUCUUCAUUAUAAUGUGAAAAAGCACAAUUUGCUAUCACCACCUGUGUGAUCCCCCCCCCCACCGUAUCAUCACUACCUGAUCCGAGUCAUUGCAAUAAUUCUGACUUAUUUGUGGAGUUAGUCACAUGAUGAUAGAACAAUAUUCUUGUUGUUUCCUUUGUCUAAACGAUGGAGGGCUCUGGUUCUUACUUGUUCAUGCUAUUAAUAGUAAUAAUACUUUAUUAAUAGUAAUAAUACUUUAUCUGAAAAGUUGCUUCCUGGCUGAAGCCUGCUGUACCCCUCUCAGUUGUUAAGGCCACGCCCCAGUUUCUCUUCUACCUGAGGCCUUUGAAAUGGUAAAAAGCAGAGGGCUUUUAAUUUCCAGAUCUGUAAUGGGACCACACCAUUAAUGCGGUAUGGGAUUUUUUUUUGGAGUAGAUUUGCUGAGGUGGGGAUCACAGGCAGCACCUCAGACAGGGCUAACCAAGUAAGGCUGUUAGACAAGUUGUAGAAGGAAAGGUGGGUGGUGAGGCUAUGUAAUUAAGCCAUAACUAACAUCUACAGAAAUUUCUAAAAUACAUACUUGUAAGGUUAUACUCAUGGGCUGCCCAAGAAAAUGUCCAUUUUCAGCGCUGAUGUUGUCAGUCAGGAAAGAGUUUACUUGGUAGAAAGUCCAUUAGAGACCCCAGUGGAGACACCGUGGGGACGCUCCUGUUAGUAUUUCAUGCAGGAUGGAAAGAGCCUUCAACCAUGGAAAAGACGGCCCUGUGCCCUCCUGGAGGAGUUGGGCAGAAUCGGGCCCCACGUAAGCUGGGCUCCAGUGUGCCAAAAUGCUGGCUUUGGAAAUUAGCCAAAUUCUUCAUUUCUACUUUUUCCCCCUCCUCCUAAGAAAACAAAGGAGAAAAACAAAUACAAUGGAUGAAUUCUUCUGGGAACUUGCCUUAUUGACAGUGUCUGAGAUUCAGUUUUAAAAGGCAGUUGUGUGUGAGAAAGAGCCUUUUUUUAGGCCAGGAGCUCUUUGUGCUCAGCAGUUGAAAGAUGAUCUGGAGUCAAAAUGAAUAUCUGCCACGUGCAGCCCCUAGAAAGCCCGUGGGAGUGGAGCUCUGUGGGUGGGGACAGGCUGAGGGAGUGGGGCUGGGUGUGUAGCGGCGGCUUCCUGCUCACUGCAGUGGCCGGUGCAGUGACAAAGGGCUCUGAGUGAGCCUGGCCUUAGGAAAGUCCACGAAAAGAGGGAGAUCAAGAGCUGGGGUUGUGUCAGUAACAAGUUUUGUUAGUUUUUUUUCCGGCUAGCUGGGUCUGGUAGCCAGCUGUGCGACUUUGGAACUGGUCCUUAAGCAGGUCGAGGUCAAGCUGACAAAGUGGUGUAUUCCUUGGCUGGCCUUUGUCGGCCUCCUUUCCCUGCAGAAGGCAGCUCAGGGAAACACACACAAAAGGACAGGCCAGUGGCAGGCCCUGGGAGCUUCCUUCCUUAGCCUGCCCAGCCAGCCCUCAGUUUCCAGAUGCUUAAGACUUGGUUUGUGGCCUGAAGUUCCUUUCUAAGAUUUGGUCUGACACAAGAGGAGUAGUUACAGUCACCUGGUUUUUAUUCUCAACUGAGAAUUUAAGCAGGUUUAUCUGAAUGAGCAAGAGAGAUGCGGAUGUACUCUGAGGAUGGCGGGCCUAUAAAUUAAGUUGGCUUUCAUGAUUAUUAAGGGUCAUAAACAAUACUCAGGCCAUGAGUCAACAUUCAAAUGUAGGUUUAAAGAACUUACGGUUUUUGUGCUAUUGUGGCUUAAGAAACUGGAAAAAUAUUGCCAAUUUCUUUGAGUUGCUAUAAUGAUGGCGUUUAUUUGAUAAAUUCUUUUUUAAAUAAUAGACUUUCACUUCCUACAACUUUUUGUACGUGACUUAAAAAGUACAUCCCUGGAAGCUGCUGGUCAGACUCUUUAGCAAUGAAAGCCCUGACAGUUUUAAAAACUCUGUGUCUGUUUCCUCUGUGCUACUCAUCUGAUGUGGAAAAUUUCUCCCCCAUCAUUCCCAUGAGUAAAAGACUAAGUGGGGACGGGGUCCUUUCGGGAGCCUUGCUGUUUACCUAGCCGCGUCGCCUGCCGAAGCCCGGGGACUUUUCUGUCCGGGCUUUCCUGCGCCCUGUUUUAUCCUGGCUGGGUCCCUGUUGCUGGCUUUGGCUUCAUCCGCAGUUUCUUGAAGGAAUUGGUCGCCCGGUGUAUUGGGAGCUCGUCGGUGGUGUGAUUAACCGCGUCCACGCGGGCCUGAGAGGGUGGCGUUCUGGGACUUGGGGCCCUGGCGCCCUCAGGAGUAGCCAGUCGGGGCUCCCACUCGUAAUCGUUUAGUCCUGGCUCCUCAGAUGUUCCUUCAUUACGGAUGACCUCCGUGUAGUGCUAGUUCCACCCACCCCAGUUGUCACCCUCUGCCUUUUUAAUAUGCCUUUUUAAAAUUACGUGCUUAAUUUUGGCCAGAAGUUUACUACCAUUGGUGCUCCAUGUUACCUUCAAAAAGGGAAUUCCAGAGCCUGCAUUUAAGCUGCCUGGGCUUUUUUCUCCCUUGACUGCCUUUCUAAAUAGCAUCUCAGUUUGGUGUGCAUUCCUGUGCUACACCCCUCUUGGAAACGAAAGAGGGUUUAUCCUGUAACUAAGAAGGGUGUGACUUUGGAGAAAGACCCCAAAUGCCCAGAGAGAACACUUGGCCUUCUUUAUUUAACCAGGGAAAGUGCAGUGGCCACUUGGUUCUCGGAAUUCUCUGUAGGACAUUCUUAGUUUGCCAAUAGCACUAACUCCCUUUGGCUUUGUUCUUAAGGCCAUCAUGUUUCCUGCCACCUUUGAUAAAAUUGUAAAGACUCAGACGUUUUAAUAUAGUUUUGCAUUUCAGGCAGAGAUGGACUCUCUAAUGUUAGACCUACUUCACAGGACUGGAGGGCUAUUUAUUUACACACAUCUUCUGAACUAAUGCUGGACAUUCUCAAGACCAUUCUCGUUUUUCUUCGUCAGUAAAUCAUUUGCAGAGGUGUUCAUUUUACCAAAGAGGUGUGUUUCUUUUGUUUUGUCUUAAGUAUAAUUCUUUCAGGAAAAACUAAAUAGGGGAAGGGGGAAUUAAGAAUACAUAUGUCCAAAUUCACUUCUAUGGGAGUUUAAUCAUAUUUAUGUGAGUAAAAUUAUGGAAGAAUUCUUGAAGGUAAUCCUUUGGCAUGAAGGAUCCUGGGAAGUCUCUCAGGUAAGGAAAGCUGUAGCAGAUGGGUAAUAUAUGUCUUGAGAGCUAUUUAUAAUAAAUUUAAGAGGAUUGUUUUGAUUUCCUUAAAUAAAAGUUUAAGGGUUUUUGUGUUUUUUUUUUUACUUUACAGAAAAAACUCUACAAAAAUUUUAUAGUCAUAACUUUGUUAAUUUUUUAAAAAUUUUCUGAAACAAUUAGUUGUAGCCUAAUUAUGUGGUUAUGUUUGCAAUAUUAGAAUUUUGAAAGUGUAAUACGUGUGGUAAAUCUACUGUUUGAAAUUCGUAAGGGUCACAGAUAUGGUUAGAGUUUUGGUAACUUUUUAAAUAGUUUUUCCCCCCCUUUAGUCACAAAGACAACUAUGGAUUUAUAUUUGUUUUUUUAAUGCUAAUUUUUCUAUGAAGCGUCUGAAGUUGAUGUCUUUUCCUAUGUAGAAAACUCAAAACUUGUUAACUCUGUACUUUAAUAAAACUUAAAACUGAAAA